GUUCUAGCCUUUUGGGGACAGUUUGAAAACACGUAUUAGUUGAUUAAUAAAUGCCAUUUUAAAGGUUCUCUGAUGGAUAAUAAGACGUGUGUGUGUGUGUGUGUGUGUUGCCUCGGAGACGCAGUUGCAGCAGGAUGUAGUGUAUCCGGUAUCGCGCGCUCGUACACUGGCCAAAAGAUGCGCCCUCUCUGCAUUCCUGUGUUACUUCAUUUGGCAGCAUCGCGCGUUGGACCGUUUCGUUAGUUAAUUAUGUAAUGAUGUUUUGUCAAAGUUUGCUGCUUUUUGCCUUCUUGCUGGUCAUGAAGUUAGCCACUUGACAGGGAGAAACGCGUCACCGACGCGUUAGGUGAUUUCUGCUCUCCCGUUAUGGCAAUCAAAAUCUCCAGCAGCCUGGAGCAGUGACUCGAGGAGGACAGCAUGUGGAGCCGAAACCUAGUCCAAGAAACAGCUAGGCCUAAAUGGAAAAUAGCAGAUCAAAGAACUAAACUACCUGUGUGUCCCAAUGCUGCUCCUCGACAUGGACUGCCUUCAUACACAUUUGGUUCUAAGAUCCUGAGAUGUCCUGCAGCCUACAGGCCCUUGGAAAAGGUCGGAAAUGGCCCAUGUAGGUUGGAGCAACAUGUGCCACGAAGAGCAAGUGGUUAUCAUGGACGGCACGAAGAAGCUAGUCCAGUGCGUCCACGUAUUGUGACAGUGAUUCGGCCAUGCGGUGAGCACAACCUGCGCAAGAUCUCUCUGCUACUAAACCGACGUGCCGUACAGACGUUUGAGCUGUUGAUGGCUGAUGUGUCGGAAGCUCUUGGCUUCCCAUGCUGGCACAGUGGUCGUGUUCGACGCCUUUUCAGCCCUGCUGGGCAAGAGAUACACAGCCUCUCUGACUUUUUCCACUUUAGCAAUGCCUUCCUGGCCUUUGGAGUCAGCCGUCCAUCCAUUACUGAAGUACAGGCUGCACUGCAGGAGCUGUAUCCUGACAAUCCAAGUUAUUGUGACAGCUUGUUGAGCUUGUGGGAGCGGAUCCUGAAGCCUAAAGCUGCUAAGACAGAUAGCGGUUUCCAUGAUGAUGUGCCCGAAGAUAAUUCCACUUUAAAUGUAGCCCUUGAUUGUGUGACAAUCCAACCACAAGCCAAUCAUUUGCAGCCAUUCCGAGCACAAGCUAGGCAGAAAGACAGGGGCAGAAGAGAGAGACAGAGAGGAGAGUGGGAAAACAGGGAGGAUAGGAGAACACACCAACCUCAGACAAAAGAGGAGAGGAGGACCGACAGGAAGAAUGAGCCAGUUUAUUGUCGGAGCUGUAGAGGAGCUGGACCACCUAUUCCUCCAAUUGUAAACAAGAAGUCUACUAAAUUGGAAAAGCCUAACAAUGAGAGCAACGCUCCUCUUUCCCAGGAUGACAUUAUAAAAAACUCAUCACAGAUGAAAAAUGAUCCAAACACCAAAGUCCUAAUUAUGGGAGCCCAAGAAGAAACCCCAAAAGAACGAGACAUGCCUAAUACAGAAGUGGUAGAGCAGAAAGACCUGUGGGAGAAGCUUCCACCUGAUGGAAUGCAGGUAUCUCAGGAGGAAAUCCAGCGCUGCUAUGACAUUGGGGGUGUGGUGGGUGAUGGGAACUUUGCAGUGGUGUAUGAGUGCCGUGUGCGUGGCUGCACCCAAACAUUUGCCAUGAAGAUGGUGGACAAGGCCAAACUGCAGGGCCGGGGUCACAUGAUACAGAACGAGAUUGCCCUAUUGCGUAGCCUGGCCCACCCACGACUAGUGCAGCUGCUGCGCUCACAUCACACAGACACACACGUCUACCUGUUAAUGGAGCUGGUAGCUGGCGGCGAUCUGUUUGAUGCUAUUGCCAAGUGUGGAAAAUUCAGUGAGCCUUGUGCAGCUAGGAUGAUUCGAGACAUUAGCCAGGCUCUGGAGUACAUCCAUAACAAGAGCAUCGCACACAGAGACAUCAAGCCUGAAAACCUUCUAGUCCAGCGGCACAGCAAUGGCAGUAUCAAUCUGAAGCUGGCUGAUUUUGGAUUAGCCAUGGUAGUGACAGAGCCAAUUUUUACUGUUUGUGGCACACCUACCUAUGUUGCUCCUGAGAUACUUGCUGAGACAGGGUAUGGUGUAGCUGUGGACGUCUGGGCAAUGGGUGUGAUACUCUUUGUGCUGCUCAGUGGGUUUCCACCAUUCCGCAGUCCAGAACGCAAUCAGGAGGAACUCUUUCAUCUUAUCCAGAAAGGAGAGGUCCACUUUCUGUCACCUUAUUGGGACCAUGUGUCUGAGGGAGCUAAAGCUCUGAUCAGUGCCCUGCUAGAAGUGAACCCCAGUGUGAGACUGACAGCCGGUCAGACCCUGCAGAACAGCUGGCUUCUCCAUGCAGCAGCACAGAGUGACCAGGAGGAGGCGACAGACACCAGCAACAGCAACAUCAACAGGAAAGACGCACUCAAAUCAGGACGCAGAAAACGUGGGGUAUGGGGAAAUCAGCCAAAACUAGAUAUAUCAGCAGAGAUCGAUCAAGUGGCACAGAGUGAAGGGAACAGAGAAGGAAGCACAGAUAAAUACAAAGAAACUAACAGGAACCAGAAAGAUAAGCAGACUCCUGAGAGACCAUCACUAGCAAGAGAAGAAAUCAACAAAAAUGGUCACAUGAUGGAGGUAUCAGUAUUAGUACAGAAAGCAGAUAUACCUAAAUAGUCCAGGUCUUGAAUGCCCGCAUUAAGGCAGGUAACAAAAUCAGCCUUUUGUCUGAUCAGCAAGGUCAGCAAUAUAUCGGAUUCACCAUUAUCACAGAAAACAUAGCACAAGGUUGAGCAAAUUUGUUCUUUGCAUUUCUUCAUAUCUGUUAUAUAUAACCGAUUACUACAGGCUUUGGUACUCACUACUCAUCACAACUGCAAUAUGUUUUACUGCAUGACAGGAUGUAAUAAUACUCAAUAAUAUCCUUUUUCCACAUCUGUAAUAUUUGAGCAAUUACUAUAAUCAUGAAUUCCUUCCCUUUACUAAGAAAGUAAUAAAAAAAAAAACAAUGAAACUCACUUAUAAUGAAAGUUUGAAACUGAAAUUUCAUAUACAAGCUGACACUAUAAUUUCCUCUUAUCUGUGUCAUGGUUGUUGUUUUGAAUUGAAACAGCUGCCUAUUAGUAAAGCAACUUACAUUAUGAGUGAGUGAAUAACUUUAUAUGUGAAGAUGUUUUGCAAGUAAAGAUGUUUUCCUUCUUUACUUAUUACAGAGAUAUAGAAAAUAAUUCUGUCCAUGGCAAUCACACAUAUAAACCAAGUUUUAAUUUCAUUCUGGACCUUCAAGAUCAUGUCUUUUGGACUUAGUGGCGCUUUUGCUCCUUGCCAAGUAUAUAUAGCAAAGUUUUCACCUCAUGACUCUGGCCUUACAUCAGUGAAAUAUAAAAGAUUCCUGCUACUUUAUAUUCUUUUUCUUUCUCGUUCUCAUCUUCCAGAGGAGUUGAGAAGCGUAUGAUGAUCAAGAUGCAAACUAUCAUAUGAUAUAUCCUUUGUUCCUUGCUGGCUUUGUUUCUCUUAACUCUGUACUGCCGCAGCUUUUGCUGAUGAAAAUUCAAAUGUUGGACAUAUUACUAUGCUCUCCAUGUUUGACUUUGUCCUUUAAACAGAGACAUAGCCUGUUGUUUGUGUUGGAGUGUAGCAGUGUGGGUGUUGCAUAUGCAGAGUAACUUCAUUUUAUUAAUUUGUAUAUUCAGAACUUUUUGGGAAUUUUCCCAACUUCUUGUAUUUCAGAGCAGAAUAGUUCUGUCACACCCCUUUGGAGCUGGAUUCUGGAGAAUAAGCAAUCUCCAAAUUGUUUGGGACUGGAGUAUAUUCAAGAAGAACCUAAAGAAGGUUUCCAUAACUGCAGCAAAAUGCCAUUAAUAAUGUGUCUUGCAGGAUAUAUAAAUACUGCUAAGCUAUUCAGCCUUCCUCUGAUGUUGCAUGGUAACAGCAGGAAGUGAAGUGAAUAGCAGAUAUGGCUGUGGCAUUGUGGCAGCAGGAACAGAAGCCCUCUGGAAAGGGAACAGUGAGUACAGGUACAACAAUGGAAUUAAAACUGAUUAUAGAAUAAAGACGUUGCCAGUGGGCAUGUGAAGAACUGCAACAUCUGUUAGUGGCAAUGCAGCAGUGUAAUGAAGUGUAGAAUUCAGUGGGAUUAAGUGUUAACUGCCUUGCAUGGAGAGACGCUGAUGUAUUUCUCCUAGCUGUUUCUCAUUCUCAAAAACUGAAAACUGAGCCCAUCUUGGCAGAGUGUGCUGAUGGUGAAAUGAGGUAAAUGUAAAAAAAUUCCAAAAAAGGAGUCAAUCCUCUGAGCAUGUCACAUACUAGUGAAAAUGGAUAACAUUAUAGUGGUGUUUUACGUCAACCAUGAUGGUAGAUGAUAUUGAGACAAGCAAGCCCUAGUUUUUAGAGCUGCCUACGUACUGAGUCAUUGCAAUUGGAUAGUAGACACUGUCUUGCAGCAGUUGUGUGCCACAGGGAUUGGCAAACUCUGGAUAAACAAGCUGUGCUUCCAAAUAUUGUCAGUGUUACUCACAGGCCUUAUGUGCCCGCAAUUUAUCAGACCAAGCCUGUAGUCCCAGAUUACUGUGACACUGUAAAUCACUUACCUUACACUGAUUGACCUGGCACCAGAAAAUUGGCUUGUUCACAAAGUCUGAGACAUAUUCUCUUGAGUACUUUUGCUUCAUGCUGGUUGUAUGCUGGACAACUCUGGAUCUUGCCCCAUGUGCUAUUUUGGAUUUUUUUGGAGUUGGCUAGAAGUGCCUCUUUCUAUAACUACCCCAAAGUAUGUGGCAGGAUUGUCUGGGCACUGGUGACAGCAUCAAAAGUUUUUCUUAAAGUUACAGGGCUUUUCUAAACUUUACAGUAAAACAGUAAUCCCACAGUGGGACCUGGAUUUGGUGGUAUGUAGUUUGUGCAGUAACAGUGUUUUUUGCUCAAGACAGCUAUCACAACGCCAUGCUGUUUGGUGAAUCGCAGGCGCUUUCAGUCUUGUAUGCCCUUGAAGAUGAGAAUGUGCCCCAACCAGCCCUGUGUCCAGUGAGGGCUCUCAGCGUUAUGAGAAAAUGACCGUUAGCUGGCAAGUUAACAAGCAGCUGUUUGUGUCCUAUGGCAAGUAUCUGAAAGGAGCUCUGCUAUAAAGACAGUUUAUCCCCUUGAGUAAAAAAAGUUAUUGUGCCAGCAUACUUAAAUGAAGGUCAAGAAAUAAACUUGUGAAGCAAGUUUCAUCAGAUGCUACAAAUUAGGUGUUGCUUAUUGCACCUCUUGUGCUCUGUUGUGGCUUUGAGUGAAUCUCACCCUGAAUAGUGUUGUAUAAGAAAGCAAUUUCUGUCAUCAGUAAAGAAGUGUAUCAGAACAGUGAGCAAUUGUUGUCCUCAGUGAAGAACAAUCAUUUUUGAAUAAAUCAUUUUUAUCUUCAGUUGGAAAUAGGACUUUAGUAAUUCUCAUCCUUCAAUAUAGAGCAGUAACAAUACUAGUAAUUCUCAUUCAAAGCACAGAUCUUUUAUAGGCUACUAGCCAAGAGGUGAGAACUUUGCUAUUUGUACUCUGCAAGGAAUUGAGCAAAUAUGAAUACUCCACUAGCUGUGAAGCAAAUCAUUCUGGUGGUCCUUCACUGGUAUUUUAAAAAAUGAAUAAAAUGAUAUCCUAUAAAAAUGAAUAAACUACUUUGUAUAUUUGGGUAAAUUUAGUUGGGUGAUGUUGGUGAAACAGAGCAAGAGAAUGACAGAAAUAUAUGCAAGCUCUUAUCUUUUCUUCUGCUUCGUAAAUAUACAUCAAACUACAAAAGAUGACGAAAGUCCUUCAGCAGGUAAGAAGCACAUUAUAGCCACCACUGUUAGAAUCCAGAUAGUGGAGGUGGGGCUUGGUGUGUGUAACUUGAGUGCCAAUGACUGUGUGCACAAAAGGCAGCCAUUUUAGGCACAUCAGCUGCCUGGCUAGUGAGAACAGAUGACCUGUGUCCCUGUAUCUGAACUCUGGGAUUCCUCUUUCCUUCUUCCAAAUCAGUAUUGUGGUAUUGCAUAUCUGUAACAAAUAGUAUUUUUUCCAUAUAUCUAUUAUUUUGUAUGAAAUAAAGUCAUAACAGUUCUGUGGAAAAAAACAAACAAACAAGGUGUUCUGUAUGAGUGGUUUGAAUGAUACAUUUAGGUAGGAAUAUUGCUUGUUACAAUUUGGUAUAACUAAAGAGAAACGUUUGGUAUAAUUAAUAUUUACAGAAUUUAAAGAAUCUCUUAAAUCUCCAAAGAAAAUGUGCUGUUGCAAAAGACACUGCAUUGGAUGUUUUACAUAACCGUAAAAAGCAUUAUAACGAUCUAAUAGAAACCGGUAGAAUUUGCUAUUUAAAUCAUAUUCCUUGUAGGCAUUUGCUGUAAGGUUAGUUUGCUAUAAACACCACACUGACCCAACAAGUAAGACAUGUUUUGUUGCAAAAACUAAGAAACACCAUAAUUGCUAUACGACUUGCACUGCUUUCACACAUAGUGUAUAAUAUAUAUUAUAUAUUAUAUAGUGUACUAUCAUAUAGUCAGUUGUAUGUCCCAAAAUGAUUGUUUGAUAUAAAAUUGUAUUGCUGAUCUCCAGAGUCACAAUUGGAUGAUUUGAAAAAUCAUCUACAAUAAGGCUUGGUGUCUACAUCAAAGUAGUGGUUAAGGUUCUGGGCCGUUGACCAGAAGAUUGGGGUUCAAGCCCCAGCACCGCCCUGCUGUAACCGUUGGUCCCUUGAGCAAGCCCUCCAAUCUAGCCUGCUACAGGGGCUGACCCUGCACUCUGACCCCAAACACCAAGGGGGGGGUAUGUAAAGAAAGAAUUUCACUGUGCAGUAAUGUAUAUGUGAC